AUGAUAGUUGGGUCACUAAAUGUUGAAUUCAUUGAUGAUGAUGAUGAUGAUGAUGAUGAUGAUGAUGAUGAUGAUGAUGAUGAUGAUGAUGAUGAUGAUGAUGAUGAUGAUGAUGAUGAUGAUGAUGAUGAUGAUGAUGAUGAUGAUGAUGAUGAUGAUGAUGAUGAUGAUGAUGAUGAUGAUGAUGAUGAUGAUGAUGAUGAUGAUGAUGAUGAUGAUGAUGAUGAUGAUGAUGAUGAUGAUGAUGAUGAUGAUGAUGAUGAUGAUGAUGAUGAUGAUGAUGAUGAUGAUGAUGAUGAUGAUGAUGAUGAUGAUGAUGAUGAUGAUGAUGAUGAUGAUGAUGAUGAUGAUGAUGAUGAUGAUGAUGAUGAUGAUGAUGAUGAUGAUGAUGAUGAUGAUGAUGAUGAUGAUGAUGAUGAUGAUGAUGAUGAUGAUGAUGAUGAUGAUGAUGAUGAUGAUGAUGAUGAUGAUGAUGAUGAUGAUGAUGAUGAUGAUGAUGAUGAUGAUGAUGAUGAUGAUGAUGAUGAUGAUGAUGAUGAUGAUGAUGAUGAUGAUGAUGAUGAUGAUGAUGAUGAUGAUGAUGAUGAUGAUGAUGAUGAUGAUGAUGAUGAUGAUGAUGAUGAUGAUGAUGAUGAUGAUGAUGAUGAUGAUGAUGAUGAUGAUGAUGAUGAUGAUGAUGAUGAUGAUGAUGAUGAUGAUGAUGAUGGACAGAGUAUAUUUCAAUAA